AUGUCUUUCUCAGCAGAUAAGGUCCCGAUACUAAAGGCCGGUGCUGGCCAUGGUCAGAGGAGGUUCUCGAGCUCCAAGGAACCGAGUGGUAAUGAACUUGGCUCCAGCAUCCACCGCAACUUCCGUGAAUCGCACGAAGGCCACAAGCCCCACGCUGGGCUCGAUCCUUCUCGCUCUACCACAGGUGUCGUCUGGACAUCAGAGCAGGCCUACAAGUAUGGUUUUGCCGACGAGCCAGACCUUUGGUCAAACCUGGGUCAGGGAGCCCCAGAGGUUGACGAUGGCAUCGAGGGCUGUUUUGAGCGCCCUAAGGAGGUCGAUAUCAGCGCACACGGCCGAGAAUACGGUCCCACCGCUGGCAUUAAGCCACUGAGGGAGGCAGUCGCCAACCUUUACAACCAACACCACCGCCAAGGAAAGGAGAGCCAGUACACAUAUGAGAACGUAUGCAUUGUCCCUGGUGGCCGCGCAGGGCUGAUUCGAAUCGCUGCUGUUUUGGGCACCUGCUACUUGGGCUUCUUUAUCCCUGACUACACAGCCUACAACGAGAUGUUGUCCUUGUUCAAGAACAUUGCUGCUAUUCCUAUCCCGCUCGGUGAGCAGGACCAGUACCACAUGUCGCCCGACAAGGUGGCUGAGGAAAUCGCCCGUGGCACCUCCGUGCUCUUGACUUCCAACCCGAGGAACCCAACCGGUCAAAUGGUUACCAACCCUGAGCUGGCGAAAAUCCAGAACAUCUGCCGUGACCGCGCAACCCUCAUCAUGGACGAAUUCUACUGCGGUUACAACUACACCACCAACUGCGACGGCACCGUCAUCUCGGCGGCUGACAACGUCGAAGACGUCGACGAGGACGAUGUACUCAUCAUCGAUGGCCUGACCAAGCGCUUCCGUCUUCCAGGCUGGCGAGUGGCCUGGGUUCUUGGCCCCAAGGAGUUCAUCAGCGCCAUUGGCUCUUGCGGUUCCUACCUCGAUGGCGGCUGCAACGUGCCCUUCCAGGAGGCGGCCAUUGAGAUGCUGAGCCCGCCGCGGGUGCGCAAUGAGAUGCGCGCGCUGCAGACGCAUUUCCGCACGAAGCGUGACUACGUCAUCGGACGGCUGCAGGAAAUCGGCUUCACGUUCCCGUACAUGCCCAACUCGACGUUCUACCUGUGGUUGGACCUGAGCGGGCUGCCGGAGGGGAUCAACGACGGCCUCAACUUCUUCCAGGCGUGUCUGGAAGAGAAGGUCAUUGUCGUGCCCGGUAUCUUCUUCGAUUUGAACCCCAGCAAGCGCCGUGAUCUGUUCGACAGCCCGUGCCACCACUUUGUGCGCCUGAGCUAUGGACCGAGGAUGGAUGUGCUGGAGAGGGGUCUGGACUCGAUCCAGAAGAUUGUUCAGAAGUACCGUGAGAACCCUGGCCACAAGCAGAUGCCCAUGAGGCCGCGUGGUGGCAUGUCUUGA